UGGAACGCUUCUUCAAAGAUUUGUGGGGGAAGGAUAUUUUCGUCGGACCUGACUGUUAGUUCCAUCAACCGGAUUGAAACAGCCCCUCCUCAGGUGGAGGGAUGAGUUUCUCCCCUGUCCCCGGCACUGAAGUGCCACAAACAGCAAAUGGAGUCACAACACCCAUUGGCUUUGAGAACGGCCCUCAUUUGUCUGUGAAAUGUGGGAGCAGCUCAGUAACCGGAUCAGCGGAAGCGUCGGCGGAGGGAAACUCCGAGAAUUUGGUUGACGUGGAAAGCGAAGGCCCAGACGGAGAACACCUCUCUGACGCAGAGACGGACAUUAAUGGGAGAACAUGCAGUUUAUCAAUAAAUAGCCCUCAGACAGUAGACUCCUCCUUCACUGCUGGGAACACGUUACAUUCAGAGCCCGGAUCCAGAGACACAGAAGCUCCUGAGUCCUCCGAGACUGCGGAGGAAGUUUUCAUGUGGAAAUUAGGCCACUGCGCAGAGCCCAAACACUCAAAUGAACAUGGAGGCCCUGUGACUGCAGACAGACUGCAGACACCUUCAGGGAGAGCAGAGGGCGGUGCCGACAGCCAAGACAAAGAGGAUGGAGAGAAGGAGAAACAAGAUGAGGAGGACGAUGAGAAGGACGAAAGCACGUGGAGUUACCAGCAUCCUGGAAGAACGAAGGACACAGAGCUUUCACGGCACUACUCUUCCUCAGCCCCUGGUCCUAGUACCUCCUCCUCUUCCUCUCCCUCUGCUCUCCUCCCCUCGGAUGAAACCCCGUAUCCCCCACACGUCAUGGCCCAGGUUUGGGUUCGUAAUGUCCGGGGGAUGCAGGACAGCAAGAGCCUGGAUGAACUCAGUCAAGCAUGUGGAGGUGGGUCAGGAGUUCGAAGUGGGGGCAGAGGAGGGCAGUCGGAGGGUAGACGGGCAACAAUCUCUUCAGCUCUGGAACUAGAGGGUACUGUAAGCCAGGAAGGAGACCUGACCAACUUUAUCACCAAGAAUCUAGAGCAGAAGAUCAAAAUGAGCUCCAAGCCCAGUCUGGACUGCAGUGAUUCCGACUGUUCGGGUCCCAUCUACAGAAGCCGGGGGUUGUCACGGCGACCAGCUGAUAUCCCGCCCAUUGACGCCACGGUUUUGUUGGACCUUCAGAAACACGUCCAGGACGUGGCGCACAGCGUGGAGCUGAUGAUGCGGAGCCUCAAUGGAACCAUCCAGAAUAUGACUGCUCUGAGCGUGGGCUACAUCCAAACCUACAGGGACUCCGUCGAUAGCCUGGGGGAGUCUGUAGAUAUGAGCAUAAAGGGAAUGUACACCUUAAUGGCUCGCUGUGAGGAGUUGGAUCGUUCCAUGCAGCCCAUUCACGUCCUGGCUGCACAGAUCCGGGACAUUAAACGCACUCUGGACGCUCUAGAGGCGAUCUGCAAGUAGCGCCGUCACUUUGGUCUAAACGGAAGUUUCAACAUCAUAUCCAAAGAGGAUGCUGGGUAAAAAAAAACUCAGCCCCUGGAGCCUGGGAAGCAUCUCUGCUUUGCAACCCUUGUGAUUGCAACUGGAGUGUGUCAUGACCGUUUCUGUGUCGUUUACGUUUGCAGAGGGAAAGUGUAGGCCCGUGUCUCGGGGACAUGCCUUUUCUUCCCGUUUUUUUCCCCCUUAACGACGUUGUAAUGAACUAAACCGAACCGACAAACAGAUUCCUGAAGAUGACGGGACGAAUGCGGUUUUCCCCCAGGAGUUUUUAUCCGUCCUGCCUGCUUGGUUCAGAUUGCACUAACCCCUUCUGCCCAGAGGGGGGCGUUAUUUCUGUGUCUGCAGAGUGAAACGUCAAACUUCACACAGAAAAGGCUUUUGCACGGGAGCAGAAAGUCUAUUUUUUUAUCUUAUGCAAAAACAGAUCGACUGCACGCUGAGUUAGAGUAGACGACCGUCUGCCACUUUUAAGUGUUAAUUUAUUCCCUUUGCUCAGCAUGCACAAGUGCUCAAUUGUGGAAACGAAUCAGAUCAUUACACACUGAAGGUCUUUCACAUCACACUCUCAAAGCUAGCUGUUAACUUUCAAAACCACUUUUCUAAGACAAAACCACUGACGGCAGCCUGGAAGGUUCUGCUGGAAGGGUUCUUCAGCGGUUCUGUAACCUAAACUGAUAGAGAAAACCUCAGCUAUGUCUUUCAUCAAUAAUAAACCAUUAAGAAUCUUCUGGUACUUCAUUUUUCUCUCUGUUGUUUAUAUCACUGUUAUUGUUGUUUUGAUCACCUCUAAAGUUUUUGAUGAUUCAUUUGCAGCCUUUUUCUUUUGUUUUUAUUUUUUUUUAGACAUUUUGUGUUUCAAAGCAAAUUCUUUCAUGUUUGUGGGUUAUUGUCUCAUUAAAAACGUCUCUUUUAGCACUUAAUUCUAUCUCAGGUGGUUCUAAUUGUCUGCUUUGUUGCAGCUCGCCAAUAAUUUAUAUUUUAUUUGAUCACACGCUUUGAAUGUUGAUCCUUACCUAUGGUUUUGCUGUCAGUAGGUAUACAGCCUCUUUCUUUCUUAAGUUAAAAUUCAAUUAAAGUAAAGAUUUGAUGACAACUGCUUGUUGAAUAAAGAUACAUUUGUCCUGGAUAAAUAUUUAUUUACAAAAAUCAAUCUGUUUAUGAAAACAUUCAUUUUUUUUAACAUGAGACACUUGAAAUCCUAAAAAUGUCAUGUUGCUGUUUUAAAUAUGAUGCAAGGAAAAUGAUGGCAUCAAGACAGUUUUUCAACAACAAAAUGAUAUUAGUUUGAGAAAAUGUGACGUAGUGACAAGAAUUCUUGGUAAAACCAUUUUUUUCCCAUUGACAGCUUUUUGCUUCUUUAAAUAAAAAUCUGUCUCUGGGGAAACGACCUUUGACUUAUUUCUAACAGCCCUCUUUUCUAGUGCAUUUGGAAUAAAAACGAUGUAGAAUUAGGAUAAAUUAGGAUUUGCUCAUCUACUGCCUGAAGUAAUCUGUGUUCCAUUUUUAUUUUGGAUUGUUUUUCUCAAACAAAGUACAUUGAACAUUUUUAUUGUUUGAAUACACAAUUGAAAUAGGAAGUCAUCUUUAGUUGUGUGUUCAUAGUUGUGCUUAUUUGAAAUAAUGGCAUCUCAUAAUGGAAUGUGUCUGUCAUUGCACUGGUAUGAAGUUUUUUUUUGUUUGUACUUACAGUUAUAUGUAAUAAGACAUAAAUCCUAUAAAUGUUAUAUUUUAAAUGCAAAAA